GCUUCUUCCUCCGCGCGCAUGCUCCGAACGGCGGCGCAGGGCGGCCAUUUUGAGCUUACGAUUCAGAAGUAGGAGGAUGUUUAUAAGUAUUGUGGAGUGACCAAGAUUUGUGGCGAAAAUAAUGACGACAAGCCCGCACGGAUUACCAGAAGAUGCGUCAUAGGCUGCAUCGGAUGUUCAUCUCGUGGGAUUGAACACGUUAGGCUUCCGAUGGGAACGCUCUUGUCGUAAAACCUGAUCUCAAUCAGAUCUCUGCCCCGGGGGUCAGGGCCAUGAUCCAGGUUGGUGGGGAGUCCAAUGGAGAGGGAAACGACCAUGAGUGCUUGCAGUCGACCACUCCCGCCGUCGCCAGCCUCCUCCAGGCCACCCAGGCUUCAGGGGACCUCCUCUCUCAACCCAGGAUCCCACAGGUGCGCAGCGUGGCCCCACCUGCGGAGACCUCGGCCCACCAGGCAGCCACCACGGUGAGCGUGGUGACGAGCUCUGGGGUGCCCAUCACCGGGACGGCCUCCUAUCAGCACUUCCUGGCACCGGCCGUGUCGAUGGGAGGCCACAUCCAGAACAUCACCAUUCCUGCCCAGGUCUCCGUAACGAGCCCUGGCGUGGCCGUAGCAGCAGCCUCCCCCUCGCAGCAGAACCUGGCUCGCAUCCUGGCAGUUGCCAACCAGCAGGGCUACGGGUCGACAGGCGGCACCAAGGGGCUGUUGUCGCCGCCCAGGGUGGCCCGGCUGGCAGCCACCAGCCCCGCCGCCCUACUGGCCACCACCCAGCCCCUGGCCCAGCAGCAGGCCAUCGUCAUGGACACCAUGCACGACGAUGAUGGUGGCCACCACCAGUACGUUGUGCAACCGGCCACGCCACCCCAGGUGGUGCCGCGGCCUCCCCCUCCCUCGCCACCCCCCACCGCCCAGUUCCUGGUGCCCAAACGGACUGCCCUGCCCCCGUCUUCGACGACGUCGAGCGGCGUUGGGUCGCCGGCACGCGUGGGGGGCCUUGUGGGGGUGGAGUGCCCACGGGCCUCGAAGCGCCCCAAGCUGGAGGAGCGGCCAGCGGCCAGCGAGGAAGUGGCGGCGCUGCGGCAGCGCAUCCACGAGUACCGCUGGCGGGAGCUGCGGCGGAACAAGGAGCGCUACGUGGAGCACCUGACGGAGCUGUUCUUUCUCCAGAAUGGGGGCAACAUGAUGGACUACUACGCGUGGAAGCGCAGGCCCACGCCCCAGCUAGUGGCCAUGCUGAGGGCACACGCACUAGACAGCGAGGACGAGGAGGACCCCCUGCAGCUGCUGGACACCCGGCCUCCAUCCUCCUCCUCGGCUCCCACCUCGUCCUCUUCGUCCACAAACACCACGGCCGUACCUCCUGUGGCCUCAGUGGCUGGCCAGCACGCCACACCUCCCGGGCUCCCAUCCCCUUCCCCUCUGGCGCCCAGCUCCAGAGGACCGUCUCUUCCGUCUAGUCAAUCCCCCGGCCCCACGCCACAGCAGCUGCAGCAGCAGCUGCAGCCACAGCAGCAGCAUCAUCACCCACAGCCACAGGUCCCCCGAACCCCCGGGUCCCCCCUGCGGCAUCCCCCUGCCCCCCACCAACCGGCCUCCGGGGGGUCCCCCUCGUCGAAGGCCCGGCAGGCCCUGGCGGCGGCCGUUCCUUCCUCCCCGGCAGCACUGGUGCUGCCCGCGGGGCGCCUGGCGACGCGGCAGCACUCGAUCUCCGCAGUGUACGACUCGUCCAUCGGCUCCCAGGAAGAGAUUGUGGAGCGGGCCAAGCAGGAGGCAUACGUGAUGCAGCGGAUAGCCGAGCUGAGGAGGGAGGGAAUGUGGUCGGCUCGGCGGCUGCCCAAAGUGCAGGAGCCCCCUCGGGCCAAGGCCCACUGGGACUACCUUCUUGAGGAGAUGGUCUGGCUGGCCACGGACUUUGCCCAGGAGCGCAAGUGGAAGAAGGCCGCCGCCAAGAAGUGCGCCCGCAUGGUGCUCAAGUACCACCAGGAGCGUGACCUGAAGGCGGAGCGUGCCGAGAAGGAGGAGCUGCAGAAGCUGCGUCGGAUAGCGGGCCAGGUGGCCAAGGAGAUCAAGCUGUUCUGGGCCAAUAUCGAGAAGCUGGUGGAGUUCAAGCAGCAGACACGGCUGGAGGAGAAACGCAAGAAGGCCCUCGACCUGCACCUCAACUUCAUCAUGGACCAGACGGAGAAGUACUCGUCCUGGCUCAGGGAGGGCAUGGCCGACCGUCUCAACAACUCGUCAGCAGCGGCCGCCGACAAGAGCGAUGCACCUCCCGCCCCCUCGAGCCCUGCAAGGUCCGGCUCCUCUAACGACGAGGACUUUGAGCCGGACCUGAGCGACUCUGACGACGAGGAGACGAUAGACCGGGAGGAGAGUGCGUCCCGCCUGCAGCCGGAGGAGCAGAGCAGGGAGCUGGAGCUGCUGCAGAGGGAGGGGGAGCUGCCCCUGGACCAGCUGCUGGACUCGCUGCCUCCCGAGAUCCUGGAGGGGCCGGCCCCUCGCCGGAGGCCCUCCCACAGCUCCCAGGACGACGGGGAGGUCAGCUCGGACCGGUCGGGAAGCCCCAUCGACGUGGACGACAGCAGGGGAGAGGAGGACGAAGAGUUCCUGGUAGGAGAAGAGGAGGGCGGGGACGACGAAGCAACCAUGGAGGAGCAGGAGGAGCAGGAGCAGAGCGUGGACCACACGGCAGAGCUCAAGGAGCUGGCUGAGGAAGGGGAGAUGUCAUUGGAGGCCCUGUAUGAAAAAUAUAGGGCCGCCUAUUCCAGCGACUUCGAGGUUCCGAAUUCUAUCGCGGGUUCCGACGAGGACGAAGAUGUGGAGGUGGCCGACAACGAACAAGACUCUGAGGACAGCUCCGAGGAGGAAGAGGAAGAUGAGGACGAGGAAGAGGAGGAGGAGGAAGACAUGGACACGUCCAGCGAGGGAGAGGUGCAGGACAUUGGCAUGGAGUACCUCAUCAACCCCAUGUCGGACGAGGUGGACGCCGAAGCCAAGGUGGAAAAGGGAGGCGGCGACUCUUGCAAGGGUCCAACCAAAGAGAUCACGGACAUUGCGGCCACCGCACAGAGCUUCCAGCCAAAGGGAAACACGCUUUCGACAACGCAGGUGGCCACCAAGGUUCCCUGGCUCCUGAAGCACACACUCCGGGAGUACCAGCACAUUGGCCUGGACUGGCUGGUGACCAUGCACGACAAGAAGCUCAACGGGAUCUUGGCUGACGAGAUGGGCCUGGGGAAGACCAUCCAGACCAUCUCCCUCCUGGCGCACAUGGCCUGCGACAAGGGGGUGUGGGGCCCGCACCUGAUAGUCGUGCCCACGAGUGUGAUGCUCAACUGGGAGAUGGAGUUCAAGAAGUGGUGCCCUGCCUUCAAGAUCCUCACGUACUACGGGGUCCCCAAGGAGCGCAAGCAGAAGCGUCAGGGGUGGACGAAGCCAAAUGCGUUCCACGUGUGCAUCACAUCCUACAAGUUGGUGGUACAAGACCACCAGGCCUUUCGUCGGAAGAAGUGGAAAUACUUCAUUCUAGACGAGGCCCAGAACAUCAAGAACUUCAAGUCGCAGCGGUGGCAGAUGCUGCUCAACUUCCAGAGCUCUCGGCGGCUGCUGCUCACAGGGACCCCUCUGCAGAACAGCCUUAUGGAGCUGUGGUCCCUGAUGCACUUCCUCAUGCCCAACGUGUUCCAGUCCCACCGGGAAUUCCGCGAAUGGUUUGCCAACCCCGUGACGGGCAUGAUUGAGGGCAACAGCGACUACAACGAGAGCCUCAUCAGGCGGCUUCAUAAGGUGCUUCGUCCUUUCCUCCUGCGGAGGUUAAAGUGCGAGGUGGAAAAGCAGCUGCCCAAAAAGUAUGAGCAUGUGGUGUUCUGCCAAUUGACCAAGAGGCAGAGGUACCUCUACGACGACUUCAUGGCCCAGACAAAGACCAAGGAGACGCUGGCCACUGGGAACUUCAUGAGUGUGAUCAACGUGCUGAUGCAGCUGCGCAAAGUGUGCAAUCAUCCCAACAUGUUCGAGCCGAGACCCAUCGUGUCGCCCUACCGCAUGGAGGGCCUUGUGUACUAUACUGCAUCUUGUGUAUACGACAUCUGUAAAUACAACCCAUUCAAGCAUGUGAGCUUCUCGGCUCUGAACCUGCUCCUGGCUGACGUGGAGCUGUGCCUGACGGCGUUUGCUGCGCACCGCAUCAAGAAGUUCCAGACGUCGUGUCACUUUGUGGAGACGAUAGAGAGCCACCCUCCCCCGCCUCCACGCUGUCCCCCGGGCAAGAUCCGGCUACACAUACGCACCUCCGCUCCCUCCUCUGCCCAGGGUGGGGCGGUGCGUGCAGCCUCCCCGAUGGUGGCGGGCGCCCACCACCACGCCCACCACCACCAGCGGUUGGUUGCCUCAGGGGCCCACCCGGGUGCCGUGCGGCCCUCCUCGGGGGCCGGAGCCACCACGUACGCAGUGGCCAGGGCAGGCACCCUGGCAGCCGGUGGGGCCCAGGUGGCCGGGGCCGCCGGGGUGCCCCUGCUCCAGCAGCAGCAGCAGCAGCGCCUGGUGGUGGUGUCCACCCCGGGGUCGGCACCCUCGUCGCGAGCUCAGAGCCCAGUGGCGGCCACGGGUGUCCAGGGGGCCUCCUCCUCCGCGGGCGGAGGGGAGUACAUGCUGCAGCUGGUGCAGAAGUCCAACGCACUGAGCUCGAACCAGGUGGUGGGCCCCCCGAUCACGGUCCAGAUCCAGCAGAGCGGGCACGGGGGCGGCCCCGCCCGCCUCUCGAUGCCCUUCGGCAUUGGGCGCCUCGUACAGACGACGACCGGGCAGCACCUGCUCCUCACGCCGGCCGCGGGACAGGUGACAGCCGGCCAGGGGGCCCACGCGGAGGGGGCCCUGGGGGGAGUCUCCCAGCAACAGCAACAGGUCAUGCUGGCCACAUCGGCCAUCCAGACCACGGCGGUCAGGACCACAGCGGCCCUGAGCCAGGUGGGACGGAUGGUGACCAGCUCAGCUGGCAACGCCCCUGUGACAGCCGUCCCUGCCGCUGCCGCUGGGGGAAAACCCGUGGUGCGAGUGGCGCCCCUCAACGUGAACAACCAGCUGGCAGCAGCCGCCAAGAACGUGAAUGCCAAGGCCCCAGUAGCAGGUCCUGUCAAGGGGACCACGGCAUCUACAGAGUCUUCCAGCUCACGGGGACCCCUCUACCUGGAGUCCCUGGAGAACCGCCGGCGGCAGCAGCGUCGGGACAAGCUGCGCUUGCUCGGCCAGACCAACGCCCUGCGGUGCGCGGCCUGCCCCACAUACGGCCGGGACCUGGUGGAGGCGGUGACGGUAGUGCAGGACCCCCGACCCCCGCUGCGCUGCCGCUGGGGGGGCACGGGCUACGUGGCCUGCCUCAACGCCCCGGCCAAGGGGGACGCCCAGCUGUGGCGCUACACCCGGGCACUGCGCUCCCUCGUCCACACCCCGCCCCAGCUGCUCGAUCAGAUGAGGGACCUGCUCACCAGGUUUGUGUUUGCGGUGCCCGGGGUGACUGCACCCCGGAUCGAGAUGCGGGUCUCGCACCCGUCGCCCUCGUCUCUCAAUGCGGAGCGGGUGCUGGAGGAGCGCCUGAGGGACGAGCUGGGGCCCCAGUGUGCCUUCCUGCACCCCAUUGUGGCCAACCUCCAGACGCAGUUCCCCGAGCUGCGGCUCAUCCAAUACGACUGUGGCAAGCUGCAGGUGCUGGACCGGCUGCUGUGGCAGCUGCGGGGGGGCCAGCACCGGGUGCUGAUCUUCACCCAGAUGACGCGCAUGCUGGACAUUCUGGAGCAGUUCCUCAACUACCAUGGCCACACGUACCUGCGGCUGGACGGCAGCACCCGGGUGGACCAGCGGCAGGCCCUGAUGGAGCGCUUCAACGCCGACCGGCGCAUCUUCUGCUUCAUCCUGUCCACACGGUCGGGGGGCAUUGGGGUCAACCUGACGGGGGCCGACACUGUGGUCUUCUACGACUCGGACUGGAACCCCACCAUGGACGCCCAGGCCCAGGACCGCUGCCACCGCAUCGGCCAGACCCGGGAUGUUCACAUCUACAGGCUAAUAAGUCGAGAGACUGUGGAGGAAAACAUCCUCAAGAAGGCCACCCAGAAGAGGAUGUUGGGCGACGUUGCAAUCGAAGGUGGAAACUUCACAACAGCUUUCUUCAAAAAGACGACCCUCAAGGACCUGUUUGGCAACAACUUCGACACGAACGAGGCGAGGGAGGAGCCCCCCCGGCCGCCAGAAGAGAGGGCUCCCGACGGCUCGGAGAAGUUCUCGGCCAUGGAGUUUGAGAAGGCCCUGGGCAUGGCGGAGGAGGAGCUGGACGUGCAGGCGGCCCACACAGCCCGGGCGGAGGCGGCCGCCGAGCUGGCCGAGUUCGACGAGUCCAUCCCCCUGGAUACGGACAGCCGGGACAACGAGGAGAAGUCCCAGGCCGAGGAGGAGCUCGACAAGCUCAUGGACCAGUUAUCACCAGUAGAGAAGUAUGCCAUGCAGUUCCUGGAGUCACUUCAGGAGCCGUUGACUCUGGAGCAGCUGAAGCAGGCCGAGGAGGAGAUUGAGGCCCAGAAGAAGGACUGGGAGCUGGGCCGACUCAAGGCCAUCAAGGAGGAGGAAGAGCGUCGGGCCGGGGGCCGGGAGCAGGAGGAGGGCCCCGCCCUGGUGUACUCGCGGGAGGACGCCCACGCCCAGAUCUACCUCUCCCUCAAUGGACACGAACAGAUGCCGAUCUGGGCUCCCCCGACUCCGCCCCAGGACGAGAACGACCUGUACAUCGACUACAGCGUGGGGUUCCUGUACGAGCCCUCGGUUAUGUCGGAGUCUAACCUGCCGGAGAUCCACGUCAAGAAGGAGGCCAAGAGGCUCAAGGUGGACGCCCUCUCCACAGCGACAGCGUCCCGCAAGCAAAAGGCGCGCAAGGAAGACGCGGUGCACAUCCCCAAGUCGCUGUUCGAUCGUCCCACGGCGGCAAUCCUCAAGAUGCGCCGGGAGGCCAAGAUGCAGAAGGUGAAGAACCUGAUGGUGUCGGGCGGAGGGGGCAUCCCCGGGGGCUCCACGGGGGGCCUGGCGGUGCCCAAGGCCCUGGUGGGGGGACCCCUGGCCGGGGUGCGGCCCCUCAACCCGGGGGCCUUCAUGGCCGCACGACCCCUGGUGGACCUCUCCCAGGACACCCCAGAGUGGCUCAUCCACGAGGACUGGGCAGCACUGCAGGUGCUGCAGCAGAUGCAGGACAUCCCCCUGAACCUGACGGUGUUGUCUCCCGGCCACACCCCCAACUGGGACCUGAUGUCGGACGUGGUGAACGCGGUCAGCCGCAUCUACCGCUCCCCCAAGCAGUGCAAGGACCGCUACGAGACGGUCAUCGUGCCCAGGGAGGAGGGCAAGAUACUCUACGACACCAACCCCAAGAAGCAGAAGAAGACCAAAGGCAUCUACAAGACAAAGAACAACAAACCAAUGCGGACGAGCCAGCUGUUCUCCCAGGAUUGCAACCAGGCCUUCACAGCGCUGUACAGCACCCGGUUUGAGACGAUCCGGGCGGUGGCGGCUAAGCGGACGCCAACUCUGAAGCCCCACUUCACCAACCCGAUGGCCAAAAACCCCAAGCACGCGGCCGUGCUGGCUGAGAACGGCAUCAACUACGACCAGCCCCUGAGCCCCGUCAAGUUGGCCGCGCAGCGGGCCGAGCGCAUUGCCCGCGAGAAGCAGAAGAACCAGGUGGCCGCCGCCGUGGCUGCGGAGGCCCAGCGGCAGCAGGCGCAGGCGGGCGGCGCGGCGGCCACGCCGGUGGCAGGAGUGGCGCAAGUGGCGGCCCCAGGUUCGGCGGCGGCGGCCCUGCUGGCCCAGCAGCAGGUGGCCACCCAGGCGGUGCUGGCCUCCCUGGGGCAGCCGCAGCAGCUACAGCCGGGGACACAGCUGCAGAAGGGUGUGACCACGGUGGCCCUGGCCAAGUCCCUGGGCACUGCAGGAGGCAUCCUGGUGAGCACUGCGGUCACUACCACGGCCACCACCGCCUCUGGCGGAGUGGUCACGGCUGCGCCCACCUUUGCUCUGACCAAGGUGCCUGUGACUGCGGUGGCCACCCUGACCCAGGGCACCCUGCGGGCCCAGCGGCCGCAGACGGCGGUGGUGGGCGCUGCUGGGGUCACCACCACCAUGACGAUGCAGGACAUCAUGGCCGUGGCCACGGGGCAGGUGCGGGGGCUGGCGGCCAGCGGGGCACAGGCGGCGCUGGUCACCACGGCCACCACAGCGGCCGGCAGCGCCCCCGCGGUGGUUUCGGUCACGGGGCUGGCACCCGCGCAGCUCCAGGCGGCGCCCCAGCGCAUCGCUGCUGUCGCCGCCGUGGGCCAGGUGGCGGCAGCACCGGGGGUGGCCACGGUGCAGGGCAGUCGCCUGACAGCCUCCCAGCUGCAGGCCAUGCGCCAGAACUCCCUGUACCGUCAGCAGCAGCAGCAGCAACAACAGCAGAGGCUACAGGAGCAGCAGCUGAAGCAGCAGCAGCUGAAGCGUCUUCAGCAGCAACAGCAGCAGGCAGCCGGUGGGGCCCAGGCAGGGGCGAGCGGGGCCUCCCCCGGUGCGGGCCAAGGUGGCACCCCGGUGGCCCCUGCCCCCACUGCCAAGGUGGCGGUCUCGGUGGCAGCCCCCCAGCAGAGACCCCUGCAACAGCAGCAGCAGGGCACUAAGCAGCAGCAGCAGCAGCAGGGUCCCGGCGGGGCGUCCUCCCAGCAGGCAGCAAGCAAGCCCCUGGCUAUAACCCGCCCCAUCACAGAUGCCGAGAUGCAGCAGCUCUUCAAGAGGCAGGAGCUGAGGAGCAAGCAGAUGACUCAGGCUCAGGUGCACCUGCUGGCCCAGGCGCAGCAGCUGCAGCAGCAGCAGCAGGCGGCGGCAGCGUCCCAGCAGUCGCUCACGGCAGGGGUUCAGACCCCCGUGGCCACAUUGGUCAAGACAGUGUCUGCCCCCUCGGCCCUGGGCACCAGCGCCGCCUCGGUUACCAUCCCGGUGUCCGCCGUCACCAUGGCCGGCGUUAACAUCAACGUCAGCCUGCCACAGGGCAAGCUGGGCAUUCAGAGCAAGCCAGCCACCACCGUGAGCCAGCAGCAGCAGGUGCAGCUGAGGCAGCUGCAGAUUCAGCAGCACCUACUGCAGCAGCAGCAGCGUAAGGUCACCCUGCAGACGCAGAAGGUGCCGGGACUCUCGCAGGCCCAGCUGCAGAGCAAGGGCUCCUCCCCGGGGCUGGCAGCCCAGCUGGGCACUGUGCAAAUUGUGCAGCAGGGCUCCUCCGGGGGCGCCAAGGGCGGCGCCCUGCCCUCAGCCACCGCCAUCACUGUCCAGCAGAUCAUCAAGCAGGUGCUGCCCGUCAACCAGAACUUCCUGGUGUCGGGUGCGGUGACGUCCGGCGGCACGGUGGGCGGGGCGACAACGGUGAGCCCCGCGACGCAGAUGCAACUGCACGCCAUGUUGCAGAAGUCCUCCCAGCAGCAGCAGCAGCAGGGGGGCACGGUGGCCACGGUGACGCUGGCCCCCAGCGGCAGCACGGGGGGAGUGACGACGGCCACCCUGGUGCCCACCCGCAUCAUGACCCUGCAGCAGCAGCCGGGGGCACCCACCCAGACAGUGGCUCUCAAGCAGGGGCUGCAGGCGCCCCCCUCGGAGCAAGGCAGCGGCGGCGGUAGCAAGAGGGCACCCCACCCUCCCCACGACGGUGGCAGGCUCUGACCUUAGCCCACCCCCCACCAAACGUACAUCCCUCCCCCCCACACCCAUGUCAGGUGAUAGCCACUUCGUCGGCCAGCCAGCCGGCCUCUGCCACCGCCACCUACACGGUGGAGGGCUCCGGCAACCCCCUGGUGGCCACCAUCGUCACCACCGAGGCACCCGCGAAGGCGGUGGACGUCGCGUCCGCCAAGGCGGCAACGAGCGCAGCGGCCGGGGAGUCGGCGCCACCGCCCAACGUGACGGCCCCCUCGGCAGAGGGCGCGCCGCCAUCCAGGGCGCCCUCUGUGAACGUGGACGUGAGCGCGGCCACGGUGCAGGCAGUGCAGGCAGCCAUCGAGGCGGCCCGCCAGCAGGGGGCACUGCCCUACACCAUGCGCCUGCGCAACAACCCUCCCAAGCCGGCAUAGCCACAGCUCGAUCCGACUAUGUGCAAACUUUUCGCCAAAAAGGGCGAGGAGAAGAAAAAAAAAUCUGUCGCAUCAUUAUUUUACGGUGAAGCUAGGCACACUGUACGUUACUUUCUUUCUUCUCGUGGGAACACAAUCUUUCCUGGGCCUCUUCGAUAAUCUCGGGACACCUCGAAGGUAGGAGAGGCCGUAGUCUGUCUGCGAGCGGCCGCCCGUCGAGCGAGGGGAUCGUUUCGUUUCAAGACCGACGCCGUCAAGGCUGGAACCAGGGUUUCGACGAACCCCGGCUUCGACACGACAGAUGUUGGGGACGGAUCUGGCGGCAUGCGGGACGGCGGCGUCCAUAGUUGCAGUGCUGGAACUCGUGGCCUUCUGCACUUUUGUGUGUACAUGCGUCUGUUCCUCUGCAGAAAGUUGCGGGAGUCUCUGUGGUUUUCGUUUUUUUCUGGAGGGCAUGCCUUUCUCCUUUAGUGUCUUGAUUUGUGAGACACAAAAACUGUAUUGUUGUAUAGCUGAGACUCAUCUUGUACAUAAAGCCUCAUUUCAAACACCAAACAGGGUUUUUUUUUUACUUGUUUGUCACCACCUUUUGUAGAUUUUACCGUGUAUAUAUCGUUUCGUGGUAAUUUAUAUUAAAGAUAAAACGAGGUGUC